AUUCGGAUUUUACUUUACUUUUUGAACAGCCACAUCAGGAAACACAGGUCUGUUUUAUUUUGGUAAGCUGGUUCCUUUCCAUUGCGCAUGCGCACUUUGUGUCCUGACAGUUUCGGCUCGUGCCGCGAUAGUUUGGGUCAUUUCCUUGUGCUCUUAGCUUCCACAUUAGUAGAUAAGGAAUUGCGUGAUUAAUUUUAAACGUACGAAAAUUAGACAUGACGUAUAGGACGCAUUAAAGUCGAUCUUUUACUAACUGCUAACGUUCAGCUUAAAACGCAGGCUGUCGAUUUGUUCCUGUUUAUGUUCGAUAUACGUCCUAAUGCUGCCUGUCAGACAGAUUUGACUGUAAAAUCUGGAGCUUCCGGCUUUCAAUUUUCCUUUAAAUUACAUACAAAAUCUGUACUACUAUUGCCUGCUUUGAUUUCUGGCGACAAUUAUGCAGCUGAAAGAGAAGACGAUUGCUACUUUGAAGCAGUUUGACAUUGGAGCAAAGUUCUCAGACCUGCCGGUGUUGCCCAAAGCCUCCGUUCUCAUUCCUUUAUUUGUGAGAGGCGAUGAGCUGCACACCCUGAUGACUCUGCGCUCAGAAGAGCUGAGGACCAGCGCUGGGGAGGUGUGCUUCCCGGGUGGGAAGAGAGACCCCGGUGACCGCAGUGACGUGGACACCGCCCUGAGAGAGGCAGAGGAGGAGAUAGGGCUGCUUCCCGAUGAUGUUCUAGUGGUCUGCACUUUGUUUCCCAUCGUCAACAAGAGCGGUCUGUUGGUGACCCCCGUUGUUGGCUUCAUAGAUGAAACUUUUAGCCCCUCCCCAAACCCAGCAGAGGUCAGUGCUGUGUUCAGCGUCCCACUGGGCUUCUUCACUCGAGAGAAGGACCACUUUGUGGCUCACAGUGCUCCUGGAAUGAUGGGCCCUUUGCAUUCCUUUCAUUUUUGGGACCCUGCUUCAGGAUGCCUCCAUCACAUAUGGGGACUGACAGCCAUGCUGGCGAUUUUAGUCGCCACCCUUGCACUUCAGAAGAAACCAGAGUUUGAUGUUGGUUUUGACUUGGAAGAUCCACAGUCCUUCUUCCAGCAUCUUUUGCAUAUUAAACUUAGUAAACUUUGAGCAGGUUUGCACUUUAUCUCAUUUUUGUGUCAGGAAUUGAAAAGGAUGUCAUCAUAGCAACAAAUGAAAAACUCGAAGGUUGAAAAAAAAAAACCAUUCAGAUGCCUACAUUUUUAUUAAUUCUUUUAAUGUAGCAGCAGGAUUACAGAUAUAAACAGAAGAGUAUACAAAUGUCCAGACCAAGGCAAAGUACAUUUUAAUAUUUCAGAUGUAUAACACGUUGGGGUUGACCUUGAUCCCUACUGCAGGGUCUUAAGGCUAGAUACUAAGCUGAAGCUACACACAAACUGAUAGAACAGAACUGUUGGAAGAUGUGAAAUAGAAAGCGAACUAGGAAAAGUGAGCAAACUGAUUAAAGAAGAUAAAGCUCACUAUUGGCAAAUAUAACAAGUCCACGGUUGCCCCUUUAUGAUCAAGCAUUUCACAGCAACUGUAUCGUGACAAGCACAUCAACACAAAGUUCCCCAGGAAAACAAUCGUCACCGUCUCCGUCCUUUUUACCUCACGCGGACAAAUCUCAUGAGGCAUGACACACAUUUUUCAGCAAAACACGACAAACAAGGUGACAUUUCACGGGUGAAGCUGCACAGCAUGGGAGGAGAAAUGUUAAGAAACGUUUUCGCAAAAUAUAUAAAUAUAUAUAUAUAUAUAUCAGCAUGAGUUCUGCUUAUGCCUCUAUUGAGCAAUCUAGCUGUUGAAAAGCAUCUCGAUGUUACACUGUCCUAAAGCGUAAAUAGGACGAGGAGCAAUGGCCAAAGAAAAAAAAAAAAAAA